GGGUCAAAGGCAGUUUAUUCUGUUUUGAAGUCGCGAGGCAAAGACGGUCAACUGUACAACUUCCUGAAUGCAAGACAAUACGAACGUCCUUCAUAUGAGAUAUAUUUGAUCGUCAUUACUUACUAGCUAGUAGUUGUGUAAUAAAAUCGUGUGUGCGAGACUGGUGUUUUGGUUUACGUAUCCUCUAGUUUUGGUAGGAACGUGCGCUGGGUAAAGAGAAUGUUGAGGCCACGGUCACGAUCGCCCCACUAUUCUCACAGAGUUAGUCCGCGCAGGCAGGAUGGUCGGCGGUUCCCCUGGGACGACCCAGACUUCAACCCCCAGCAGGUGCUGGCUGACCUGGGCAGGCUGCCUGGGGAGGAUCAGUGGGUUCGCUUCAUGGACGAGAUCCACCCAGAUGGCCCAGAGGGCCACAGAAGACCUGUAUCCCCAGGCCUCCACAGGCUUGACCACCACCUCCUCCCAGAGGAAUUCCACCAUCGCAGAAUCCCACCGGCACCUCACGAGCUGGGCUACGCCGAGCGCAGAAGGCUCUCCCCCCAUGAUGGCAGAGGGGGUGGCAGGGGAAAAGGAAGCGGGAGCGAAGGGCUGCCCCACUCCCCUCAGAGGCUACCCAGAGAGAAGCUGCCAUCACUGGCCCCGCAGCACCCUCACUACAGUCCUGACCACCACCAGAUAGUGUCCUCUGCAGGCUGGAGAAGAGAAGAGCAGGACCAGAGCCAGGGAAGGUCCAGGGACCGCAGCCCCAGGGAGAGGGUUCAGGGUGGGGGGAAGGGGGAGAGGAGGGGUGGAGAUUUUCCAGGUCCCUAUGGAGGCCGAAGCAGAGAUGACAUGGAUAGAGAGAAGAGCACCAUCUCUGACCGGAACCGGAGGGAAGCUGAUGAAGCGGUGCAUCCUGGGUACGGGAAGGAGACAGAGUUUAGGGUGCGCCGCCCCUCGUUGGAGAGGCCCCGGGAAGGGUACGGAGGAGGAGGGCCACGGGGGCGCAGGGGCCCCUCAGGUAGCCACGAUGGCCGGGGGCCUGGAACCCUCAUCGUGGAGCAUGACCAUGGUAUUAUAAACAGCAGAGGGCCAGAACUCUACGACAACCCGAGGGGCCGUGGCCCCGACCAGAGCCCAAGCCACGACCGAUUCAGUCACCGUCACCACCGGGCCAGAGCCACUGAGGAGAGGUUCAGGAAGUCGGGUAGCAGGUCCAAUACCAGAGAAGAGGCCAGGGGUCGUCUUGACCAUGAGGAGAGGAGAGGGCCUGUCCAUGAGGAGAGGAGAGGGCCUGUCCAGGAGGAGAGGAGGAGAGGGCCUGUCCAUGAGGAGAGGAGAGGCCCUGUCCAUGAGGCGAGGAGAGGCCCUGUCCACGAGGCGAGGAGAGGCCCUGUCCACGAGGCGAGGAGAGGCCCUGUCCACGAGGAGAGGAGAGGCCCUGUCCACGAGGAGAGGAGAGGCCCUGUCCACGAGGAGAGGAGAGGCCCUGUCCACGAGGAGAGGAGAGGCCCUGUCCACGAGGAGAGGAGGGGCCCUGUCCACGAGGAGAGGAGAGGCCCUGUCCACGAGGAGAGGAGAGGCCCUGUCCACGAGGAGAGGAGAGGCCCUGUCCACGAGGCGAGGAGAGGGCCUGUUCACGAGGCGAGUAGAGGGCCUGUACACGAAGAGAGGAGAGGGCCUAUACAUGAGUCCAGAAGAAGCCCUGAUCGUCAUGGGAGAGCCAGCCCCAUGGGCUUCCAAGAUAGAGGUAGUCCCACAGAGCCCAGGGCCAGAAACAGUGCAUUCCGAGGGGAGAGGGGGGCCCCAGCCCAGGGUGGCAAGAGACAGAUGGGGCCCUCCAUGAACCAGCCCCGGCCUCUAAUUCAGGGAAUGCAGGGGUACCGACCCCAGGAUGCCAUCCCCCAGCACUCCCCUCCGGAGCAGCAGGGGUACCAACCCAGGGGAGGCGUCUGGGACAUGGAGCCCAGAGAGGAGGCGCCCGGUUGGGCAGAGGUGAGCGACAAGGAGCCCCGCUGCGAGAAGGACCGGGGACCAGGGCAGCGAGGAGGCCGUCCGCCAGCACAGGGCAGGAUGGAUCCUAGGAAACCUCAGCAUAGUGAUCUCAACCCCAACUGGAACCAACAGCAGAACGAUAUGGGAAUGCCUCGCAUGGGCGCCGGCGAGAAGGAGACGCUCACCAUCAAAGUGGACAUGAACCGGCCUGUGGGCCAGAACAGCCAGCUGUGCUACUCCUCAGACCGCCAGCUGUCGCUGGAUCUGGUCAACGUGGGCCGCCAGCGCCUAGACUUCCUGCCCAUGAUAGAGCAUUCUGGGACGUACCGGGAAUCCGCAAUGCACUCUGGGACUUUCGCCCAGGAGAUCAUCACCCUGGUGCACCAGGUCAAAGAGCAUUACUUUAGAGGUGAUGGUGUGACACUGAACGAGCGUUUCUCUGGCCCCCAAGAUGGAGGUCUGCCUGAGGAGGAGGAGCAGGAGGAAGAAGGACCAACUCUGAACAGGCUGUUCAACAUGAGUAUGUCAGAACCUGAUAUGGAACCUGUCUUCUCUAAAGUUGGCCGCAUGCAGAGGCAGCAGCAGGCAGUGAGAGAUCCCGGAGACCUGAGACAUGACCUGGAGAGGAGGAGACAGGAGAGGCUGGAGGGAGUGAAGGUCACCAUACCUGGAGGCAGGCUCUCACAGCACCCCCUGGCUGCCGGGAGUGACCAUCAGGGGGGGUAUGGUAGAGAGGAAGACGAGGAACAGGAGGGCUUUUCAGGCUGGUCAGGCCCACCACGGAGAGGGAGGAGGUGGCCUGGAGACAUGGGGGGUCAGAGGAGAGGUGGCAUGAUUAGACAAGACAUGGGAGACCAGCAAAGGAACAACUGGCCUCCUAAUAGCCCUUGCAACCUGCCUGGAUCAACGAGAAAACAGAACCACAAUAUUAACGGUGCCAACUGGUGAAUGGAAGCUUGGAGCAAUCCAAAUGGAGUCAGUGGUUAACUGUUGAUAGGCUGUAUAUAUUAUAGAUCACACUGCUGCAGACUGACCACAGCCUGAACCACGACCACCUGACCAACUGACAUUCUGUACCACGCUGUCAAUGUAAAGCCCAUGCAAUGUAGCUGCUCUCCUGACAGAGAGAGUAAUGUGGUGGGGAAGUAAGAUGGCCAACUAAUAUUUAAAGAUGCACUAUGCAUAAAUCGUUCCACCAUUUCCUGGUUGCAAAAUGUUUGCCUAAUUUCAGUUUGUUACAAAACGAGCAAGUAUAGUGUAGAGCAGGGGUAGGUAACCGUGCUCCUGGAGUCCCGCUGGUACUGCAGGAUUUUGUUCUGUCUAGGCACCACACCUGACCAACUGACAGGGCCGGUGGCAGAACUAAUCAGUUGGACCGGCCUUUGAUAUCCAUAGGCGGGGCAUGUUUUUUCCCGGGACCACCUUAUUUAUGUGUGCAUCCUCUUGCAUGUUCAAAUUGUAAUAGUAAAGACCAUAGGCAGCUGGUGAGUUUCAAGUUUGUGGAUGUUUCCAAUUUACCCUAGCAUUUCUACCGUUCUCAGUGCCAGUUAUGAUAGUUCUUUUAUAUGCACAUUUUUGUGCAACAGUUUCAUUUCAAUAUUUUAUUUUCUCAAUCAUUGUCACGUGGUUAAUCAUAAAAAUCUGAAAUAAAAUGAUAAAAAUGUCAAAGUUCAAAUUGAACUGAGGUGAGAGCAGCAGCCUCUGCCACAUGAACACAUUGAUACACUGUGAUCCAUUGGCGGCUAAAGAAAUGAGCUCAUAGAACUCAGAGACAGCCUAUAGGCCAAUGUAGCAGUAGGCCUGUAACCUCCAUCUCAACUAAGUAAAGCUGACAAAUAAAAACAGUAGAAAAUAACCUGAUAA